ACGUCCGAACGGUCCAAAGAUGCUAAAAAAGAGCAUUUUGAAGUUUCUAGCGUCGCGUUUUCAGCGUUUUGUAAUUUUUUAAAAAGUUUUGUGCCAAUUUUUACAAUGCCGACCUGUAUAAUUUCGGGCUGUGGUAAUUGGACUGAUCCGAAAAAGAAAUGCGACGCGCAGAUCGAAUUGGAAGAUAUAUUACAUUCCGUAUUUUAAGGUUAGCGAAUAUCUAGUCUUUCGGGAAUCAUUGGGUAUACAGUGGUAUACAGCGGAAACACCCGACGGGGUCCUAUCCUAGAAAGAGACAGCACUACACACUACACCCCCCCUCCCUUUCCACGGAUUAACCUCCCGAAUUGCCUUGCGCUCCAUCCAUAGAUUCUUAGAUCCAUGGCCGCGUUCCAAUGUUCCAUCUCUUCUACUGAACAAUUGUCACUGGUCACUAUUUAAAUGUCAGUGUGAAGAGCUAGGGACGCGAAGUGAAUUCACACUGAUUACCGCUGCGUGCAUGUACAUACAUACAUAUCGCAUAUAUGUGCGAAAAGUGACGAAUUUGGAGAACUGUAGGAGUGAGUUUCGAUAUACCGCGCUCCUGCGCGAAACAUCAUGGACGAUAGACGAAAUAAUCGCGAGGUUAUAACGGUAUUGUUUCUAUGUCUACUGUGGUAUGCGGUAUCCAGCAGCAGCAAUGUCGUCGGCAAGAUGUUGUUAUCAGAAUUUCCAUAUCCCCUCACGGUGACCAUGGUCCAAUUAACCUCAAUCACCGUAUACUCCGGUCCGUUCUUCAAUCUAUGGGGCGUGAGAAAAUAUUCAUCCAACAUAACGUGGAGCUAUUAUUUGCGGCUCAUCGUACCCCUAGCCCUGGGCAAGUUUCUCGCAAACGUGUUUAGCCACGUCAGCAUUUGGAAAGUACCCGUCUCUUAUGCUCACACUGUGAAGGCUACAAUGCCUCUUUUUACGGUGGCUCUGUCAAGAAUAAUACUUCGGGAGCAGCAAACGUGGAAGGUGUAUCUGAGUCUUGUACCGAUAGUUGGUGGUGUAGCUGUAGCGACACUGACAGAACUUAGUUUCAACAUGAUCGGCUUGAUAAGCGCCUUAGCAUCCACUAUGGCGUUUUCCUUGCAAAAUAUUUAUUCGAAAAAGGUGCUACAUGAUACAGGCGUACAUCACUUGCGGCUACUGCACAUACUUGGUCGUCUAGCUUUAUUUAUGUUUUUACCAAUUUGGAUUGUGUAUGAUUUACGUAGUUUGAUGUAUGAAUCGAUGUUAAAACCGUCCGUAGAAAUAAGUUAUUACGUAUUAGGACUAUUAUUUCUAGAUGGAAUACUUAAUUGGUUUCAGAAUAUUAUCGCGUUUUCCGUAUUAUCCAUCGUGACACCUUUAACAUAUGCAGUAGCGAGCGCUAGCAAACGUAUAUUUGUGAUAGGAGUAACGUUACUCGUACUUGGCAAUCCAGUUACAUGGCUUAAUAUAUUUGGUAUGACUAUGGCCAUAUUAGGGGUAUUAUGUUACAAUAAGGCUAAGUAUGAUCAAAGAAUAGAGAAGCAGAAGGAGACAAUUCUUCCGAAAUAUUAUAACGCGAUUCAGAAUGGUAAUAGCAGUUCCUUUAUGGUAAAUGGAUUUGCCAGCAGACAUCAAUCAUUUGCAGUCUAGUCUCAAUUAAUAAUUUUAUUUUGACAAACUUAUGUGAGUUUCUACAUCGAGAAAAAAUUGAUUUUUUUUUAUAGUAAACGUAUUAAUUUUCAUAAAUUACUAUGCAUUAUAAAUUAUUAUAAUUGUUGGAUAUAAUUGGUCAAAUACAAAGUAGAAACUCA